UGCUGCAGCCCAUCACCUCUUCAUGGUCAUGUCUGUUGCAGCCCAUCACCUCUUCAUGGCCACUGCCUGCCAGGAGGCUAACUACGGUGCCCUCCUCCAGGAGCUCUGCCUCACCCAGUUCCAGGUGGACAUGGAGGCCGUCGGGGAGACGCUGUGGUGUGACUGGGGCAGGACCAUCGGGAGCUACAGGGAGCUGGCUGACUGCACCUGGCACAUGGCGGAGAAGCUAGGCUGCUUCUGGCCCAACGCAGAGGUGGACAGGUUCUUCCUGGCAGUGCACGGGCACUACUUCAGGGCCUGCCCCAUCUCAGGCAGGGCCGUGCGGGACCCGCCUGGCAGCGUCCUCUAUCCCUUCAUCGUGGUCCCUAUCACGGUGACCCUGCUGGUGACGGCACUGGUGGUCUGGCAGAGCAAGCACACAGAGGGCAUCGUGUAGGCAGGGCCCAGGCUGCCGUGCACCCAGGCUGCAGGGUGAGGCCAGGCAGGCCUGGGUGGGGGCAGCUUCUGGAGCCUUGGGACAGAGCAGGCCCGCAAUACCCCCCCUUCUUCCAACCAAGAAGAGCUCACAGGAGUCCAAAGUAGUCGAGGCUCUGGCAUUAACCUGGAAGCCCCCCCUGGCUGGAGGCCACCUCCACCCUAGGAAGGGGGCAGGGACGUGACUCCAACUUACCUCUGGAAAGGGUCCCAGCCCAGGCUGCUUACCCCAUAGCCACAUUUGUGGAUGAGUGGUUUGUGAUUAAAAGGAUGUUCUUGAACUUGGAAA